UUCCAGUUCUUAAAAUCUCAAAUGCCUAAACCACAACAACAGGAGCUUUCUUCCUUUUAUCUCCAUCCACACCCCACAAGAAUUUGUUACAGAUAUUCUCAAUCAUCUUAAACACCUUCAGGGGAAGCAAGAAAAUCGACAUCCAAUACUAGGAUACACUUGUAAUAACCGAGUCAAUUAAUUGUAAUUUCCCUGCGUAGCUCAGAGAUCUAGCUUGCCAGGAUUGGAUCCUUUUAGUGAUCUUAUCCAUAAGAUAUUCACAAUCAACCGACGUCAGUUUUCUAGAAAGGAGAGGUACCCCUAAGUAACGAACAUGGAGAUCACCUAAAGGGAACCCAUUGAAGAGAAAUACCUGCUUAUCAUCCUGUGAGAGGCCUGAACAGAAUAACUGGCAUUUUUGGGGGUUGCAUUUAAGACCCGAAAUAGUAUAAAAUUGAUCCAACAACUGUUUUAUACCAGAAAUAGCUUGGGAAGGUCCAUUAGAGAAGACUAACAGAUCGUCUGCAAAACACAUAUGUGAACUACCAAGACUUUUACAACGUGGAUGAUAAGGAAUGACACUACUUUCAACUGCCUUAGUAAGAAGACAUGAAAAGACUUCCAUUGCUAUGGUGAAUAGAUAGGGGACAAUGGAUCCCCCUGUCUCAAUCCCUUACCAGCUGUGAAAUAUCACACAUCCCCCCAUUAAAGAGACGCUUAACAUAGGAGAGGUGACACACGCCUCAAACAAUUUCACAAAUUCAGCAGACAUACCCAUGGCAAGCAUCACUUUCAACAAAAAUUGCCAAUCAACCGAAUCGAAUGCUUUCAUUAAAUCAAUAUUAAGAGUACAUUUGGUUGAAAUUAUGUUCUUAUGAUAGUCUUUUACCAACUUUGUUGCCAUUAUGAUAUUAUCACUAAUUACCCGCCAUUUAACAAAAGCAUAUUGACACUUACUGAUUAGUGUAGGGAGAACCAAAGACAGUCUAUGUGCUAACAACUUUGAUAUGCCUUUGUAGAUCACAUUGCAGCAUGAAAUAGGACGAAAGUCCUUCAUCUUUUCAACUACUGGAAUCUUUGGAAUAAUAGAUAGAACAGUUGAGUUUACCUUUCGAUGCAUUACUCCUGAGUUAAAGAAGUCCAUAACAAUAUUCCCUACCUCCACCCCAACAAUAUCCCAAUCAAAUUUUAAAAACUCAGCAAUGUAUCCAUUCGGUCCAGGGGCCUUAUCAUUCCCCAAACUGAAGAAGACCUUCUUUAUCUCCUCACAAGUAAUUGGAUAAUUCAGGAUAGCAGCAUCUUCAAUAGACAGCUUAUGACAGAGUAGAUUAUCAAAGAACUCAAUAGGUUGCUGCUGAACUAGAGGAUCAACCACUCCCAAGAGCCCUUUAUAGAAGUCCAUUGCCAAGUUACUCAUUUGGUUGACAUCAGUAAGAACCUCUCUAGAAUCAGAAACCAACCUCUGAAUCGUCUGCUUGUGAUUUCUAGUUUUAACCACACCAUGAAAGAUUCCAGUGUUAGCAUCUCCUUGAGUUAUCCAGUGAACCCUAGAUUUCUGCUUGUAAAACAACUCCUCGGCAUUUUGCAACUCUCUACAUACUUUCUCCUGCUCAAUAACUGCCAGUGUAUUAUAUGCAGAAGGAUCACACAGAACACUACUUUGCAACACUUCCAACUAUGCCUCAGUUUCUCUUACUCUUGUUGGUAUCUUAGAAUACUCGGACUUGUUCAACACUUUUAGCUUAACCUUUAGUUGUCCCAACUUCUUAUAAAGAAUUUUGUAGGGUGCUCCACCUGCCUCCACUUGCCAAGCAUCCUCUAACACCUUUCUGUACUGUGGAUUAUGUCUCCAAAACAAGAAAAUUGUAAAAGUCUUUGGCAGUGUUGUAAGAUUCAAGUCAGUUUGAACAACCAGGCCAUAAUGUUCAUAAAGGUGUAGAUAUUGCUGAUGACAUUAUUGCUUGAUUGGAUGAUUGGGGAAUUGACAAGGUCUUCACAAUUACUGUGGAUUAUGCUAGCUCUAAUGAUACAGCUCUGUCCAAAUUGAAGGAAGUUUUUAAUGCUAGAGGUACUAGUAUAUGUGAUAGUGAAUUCCUUCACAUGAGAUGUGUAGCUCACAUCUUAAAUAUGGUUGUUUCUGAUGGGCUUUGAGAUAUUUCCUUGUCGGUGAAGAGAAUUAGGGAAGCCCUGAGGUUUAUUAGAAACUCACCAGAAAGGUUGAAAAAAUUUCAUGAGUUUGCUACUGUUCAAAAGGUAGAAGGCAAAUGUGGCUUGUGUCUUGAUGUUCCUACUAGAUGGAACUCGACAUUCUUGAUGUUGCAAGCUGCUGAGAUGUUUGAAAAAGGUGUUCAAGAUGUUUGACAUGUAUGAUGACCAUUUUUGAAAGGAUGUGGAAAGCAAGAAGGAUAGACAUGGAAUGAUUGGGGUCCCGGAGAAGGAUGAUUGGGAGAAUGCAAGGAAGAUGAUGAGAUUUCUUUGUAGGUUCUACGACUUCACAUUGAAGAUUUCGGGCUCAAAAUAUACCACUUGUAACUUGUUCUUACAAGAAGUGCAUUCCCAAUAUCAUUUGAUAAACAAGUGGGAGACAGAAGUUGAGAAAGAUCUCGACUUGAGUAUCAUGGCAAGCAAGAUGAAGAUGAAGUACGAGAAGUAUUGGGGAGAUGUGGGUAAAAUGAACAAGCUACUUUACAUCUCCACUGUAAUGGAUCCGAGGUACAAGUUGGGUUUUGUUGACUUUGCUUUGAAAAGGGUGUAUCCUGAGGGUGGCAACGGAGCACGUAUGGCGGGGGAUGUGAAGACCGCUACAUUUGAUCUAUUUGCUCACUAUGAACAGCUUUGGAAGUCAAAACAAUCCAAGAAUGCCUCUACUUCUUUGGCCCCAAUUGUGGAGGAGUGUGAUGUUGAUGAACUUGAUGUACUUGCUGAAUACAAAAAGCAUAGAGAGCAAAUUGUAGGGGCGGUAAACAAAUUCUAGCUUGAGAAAUAACUUCGUGAUGAAGACUAGCCAAUGGUGCUCAAAUUUGAUGUACUAGGUUGGUGGAAGGUUAAUAGCUUGAGGUUUCCAGCCCUUUCCAUGUUGUCCAUGGAUGUUCUAGGGGUCCCAAUCUCUACUGUUGCAUCCAAAUCUGCCUUUAGCGCAGGUGGGAGGAUUCUAGAUGAUUUCAGAAGUUCAUUGACUCCUAAGAUAGUAGAGGCUUUAAUUUGUAGAUCGGAUUGGAUUUGAGGUGAUUCUACACCACCAUCAGUCGAGGAGGAUCCAGAAGAGGUUGAGAAAAUAGAUGAAGGGGUAGUCU